AGUGUCGCACUUGACAGAAGGCGAAUUUGUUCCGAAAUCGGGAGGCGAACUUAAGGAGAGAAAAUUAUUACGUUCAGUUGGUUUUUCGAUAGUUAUCGUUAUUAAACGGGAUUCGAUCACUGUUUUAGCGAGUUUUUAUAUGUGAUUCCUUUCGGUUCUCUUGUUCAGUUAAAUUAGUAAGAGUGAAUUGUUUUUUCUUUUACCCUCAUCAGUGUUAACGGCGUGGCUCGUUUCCUAUCAUAAUAUUUUCUCUCUAGUUUGUUGCUAGUUUAUAAUAAUCAUAAUGCUUAAAGACUAAUUCACUAAUAAUUCUUAAUAAAUCGAGUGUUAAACCUUAAGUGGAUGUAAAACAGUGUGUGUAUGCGGAAGGACUAUUAUAAUGCUCUGAUGGAAAACCAGUGUUGUACCCAGAUAAUAAUUCGUUAUUCGCAAGCCCUAGUGUUGUUCCGUGAUAGAGUUAGUUUAGGUACAUUCACAUAAUGUCAGGAAAUUUGAUAAAUAACGAGCAGGAGCACAAGUCGCCCCGGGAAAGUGGAGAAGACUCCGAAGACGAGAGCGAAAUCCUCGAGGAGAGUCCUUGCGGCAGAUGGUUGAAGCGACGUGAAGAGGUGGAACAGCGAGAUGUGCCGGGAAUCGAUUGCGCCUUCUUGGCCAUGGACACCGAGGAGGGCGUGGAGGUGGUCUGGAACGAAGUCCAAUUCUCGGAACGGAAGAACUUCAAGAAUCAGGAGGAGAAGAUCCAGAUGAUUUUCGAGAAUUUGACGCAGCUGGAUCAUCCGAACAUCGUCAAGUUCCAUCGGUACUGGACGGACACGCAUAACGACAAACCCAGGGUGAUAUUCAUAACCGAAUACAUGUCCUCCGGGUCCCUGAAGCAGUUCCUCAAACGUACCAAACGCAACGUGAAACGGCUGCCGUUGCAAGCGUGGCGUCGCUGGUGCACCCAGAUCCUCUCAGCCCUAAGUUACUUGCAUUCCUGUUCACCGCCCAUCAUCCAUGGCAAUCUGACCUGUGAUACCAUAUUUAUACAACACAACGGGCUCGUCAAGAUCGGCUCAGUGGCGCCCGAUUCCAUAAAUCAUCACGUGAAGACGUGCCAGGACGACUUCAAAAAUAUGCAUUUCAUCGCUCCCGAGCAUCCCGCAAUAAGUCCGGCUUUGGACAUCUACGCGUUCGGAAUGUGCGCCCUGGAGAUGGCCGCCCUGGAAAUCGUCGGAAACGGGGAUUCCGGUAAAAAAGUGACGGAGGAGAACGUGAGACAGACGCUCGACCUUCUGGAGGACGAGGGCCAGAGGGACUUUAUCGAGAAAUGUCUCAGGAAGGAUCCGGGGGCGCGUAGCACCGCCAGGGAAUUGUUGUUUCAUCCGUUGUUGUUUGAGGUUCACAGUUUGAAACUGUUGGCCGCACACGUUCUGGUUAGGAAUUCAGGUAAAUUAUCAAACAUAUCCGAGACGAUAACGGACGAACUGAUGCAACGGUGGUACGGACCGGAAGUGAUCGUGGCGGAAAUCCGUAGAAGAAACGGCGAAAGUGUCCAAAUGAAGAUGACGGACGUGCCCGUCAACGAGAAACUGGAGAAGUUCGUCGAAGACGUCAAAAAUGGUAUUUAUCCGUUAACGGCGUUCGGGGCUAAGCAGCCGCCGUUGGCCCGUUCCCGGGCCAUAUCCCCGGAAAUGGCGGAAUCCGUAAAAUCCGUCACCCCGGAACCGACUGACGUAGAAACUAGGAAAAUAAUUAAUAUGAUGUGUGAUGUUAAGUCCAAAGAAGAGAGCUGUGAUCUACUGUUGACUAUUGUGUUACGUAUGGAUGAUAAGAUGAAUAGGCAACUGACCAGUUGUAUAUCUCCCGGUGAUAAUCCCAAAGUGUUGGCGCAGGAGUUGGUCCAUUACGGUUUUGUGAAUGAAGUGGAUCGUGAUAAAAUAGCCGCGUUAAUAGAAGAGUCCUUGCAGAGUACGUCGGGGCACAGCAGUCCCGUGCAUAAAAUGAACUGUACCGCCACAAUGCAAGAUUCCAUAAGUAGUAUCGCACCCACCGCAACUACUAUGCUUCCACCAUUAUCUUCGACCCAAGUGCCGAUGCACUCGACUAGUUAGUAAUCGAACACCACCGAAGAAGUUUUCCUGAACAAAAAACUUUUUUGAACAUCCGAGAGCCAAAUUAUGGAGGAGGAGUCAAUUAUGCACCAAUAAUUGAAAUUAUGCCAUAAUAUGGUGGCUUGUGAUAAUAUUCAUUCAUUCAUUCUUCUUGUUUGGACAUUGCGCUAGUCAUAUGUCGUGACCACUUGUUUGAUCUGUGAUUGGAUAGUCGAGGACAGAAUUUUUUUUUUUGUUAAAUUACAUCACGAAGUGUAAAAAGGUGCCAUUAUAUCGUCUUUUUUAGUGUCAACAAAUACGUAAACCACACAUCCGAUUUUUUUUUGUAUUUAAAAAAAAAAAACAUCCGCCUAACGGAGAGUACAACGAGUGAAAGUCAGUUUAAAAUGUUGUAAACGUUUGAUGUGGCCUAUAUGUUUAAUAAUCAUUGUUGAUUUAAAAAAGAACUUAAUUCGAACCAAAUAGAGGAGGGACCCACCCGAGGGCGGUUUUUAAACAUUUUGAUAAGGUCAAAUCAAAAGUAAUAUUUAAUUUUAAGUAUAUUAUUAUUUAUGUAUAAGUGUUACGUUAACGAGAGAAAGAGAUGUUGUAAUAAUCAUAAAAAAAACAAAACAAAACAAAACGCUUCAGAAGUAUACUACCACUACACACAUGAAUAUUGUGAAUUAGGAAUUAAGCAUUAAAGUGUUUUUAUUACUUUUGGCGUUACGUUAUCAAAAAUUUAAUGCUGCUACUGCUGCUGCUGCUAACGCUGCUUUUUAUUUUCAAUACUUCUUGUACAUAGAAACUACUACUACUACUAUUAUUAUAAUUUUUUUUUGUCUGAAAAUGUAGAUAUUAAAUUUUUUAUUGGAAAAAAACCUGUAGCAUAAAGAUGUAAUACAUAAUUAUUAUUUAUUAUA